AUGCCUACGGCCUCAAAAGAGUAAGUUUUACUUUGGUUUUUGUAAUUUUUAACACGUCUUUGAGCUGUUAUCUCUAUUUUUAACAAAUACCAUUACUUAAAAUAAAUUUUAAAGUUUCGUUUCUCAGUGACUUUAAUGCUGUUUAACAUUACUUUAAGGCAAUCUAAGUUUAAAAAAGGCAAGAAACUUCAAAAAACAUAAAUAAAAACGCCUUAAUCCAUUUUAUAUCGCCUUAAUAUAGGCUAAACUCUAUUGUUUCAGCUUAAUAUUUGAACUAAAAAACCUAAAUGAAGAUCGCAUACCCCUAGAAGAAUCCGAAGAUUAUGUUGUUGAAUCCAGAAGACCGUCAAAUUUGUAUAGAAAAACAAAAAAUUGGCAACAAUGGACAGCACAUUGGAUUCUGAUUUUACUUACUCUACUGGGUUUUACUGCUUUAAUCGCUAUAUUGUUGUUUCUUAAAACUGUUAUUACUGAGGAAUAA